AUGGAGUCUGUGGACUAUCACCAUCCGCCCGGGGCGGUGCAUGCGCCUUCUUAUGGCCAAGGAAGGGGGUUGCUAUCUCCUUCUUCUGCUGACGCCGGGAAAUCCUCAGUAGACGAAGGUGGAAAUUCAGGUUUUUCGGGUGUAUAUGCAGCUUUCGGUGGACAGGCAGCACCUGGAAUGGCUGCAGAUGCAAACUGCUGGGGGAGAGAAGAAGCACCGAAACCGUUGAAAAAGAUUCCGGUGUACCAAGAUAUGUUGAAGCUGCAGGAGAAAUUAGAAGCUGAUGUUCUUGCAUUAGAAAAUAAAAUAUAUGAAAUGGAAGGAAAUUAUUUAGCAGCAACUGCAGAUGUUGGAAAUAUGAUUCGAGGAUGGGAAGGAUAUACUUCUUCCGCUACGAAAGCCAGACGACCUGCAGCAAAGGCAACAGGCGGAUCCUCUAUAGACCAGGAAAGACUCUUCUCCCUAACGAGCACCACAAGUCGGGCCUCUAGAGAACUCAACUCUUUAACAUGCGCAGAAGAAGCAGAAAAACCAGUUCUAGGGGCUUCGGGAGGCGGAGGGGGAUGGAACAACAGCGCCGCCUCUCAGGUGUCUAACAGCCGGAACUCUGCAUGCAGCGGCAGCGCAACUAAAUCAACAAAGAGGCCUCCUUCGCGCACAGGAGGAGGAGGCGUUUCGAAUUCAUCGAAAGGGGCAGCAGCAGGAAGACACUCCUCAGGAGCAGCAGCAGCGGCUGUGGGCGGCUCCAAGGCUUCGUGCGCUAACUCUGCUGCAGCAGAUGCAGCAGGAAGCGGCAGCGCUUGCCACGGCCGCAUGUGA